CACCCCCUUCCUGCCAUUCCAAGCUGACUUCUGUACCCUGCCGAAGCCACUGCGGGGGCCGCAAGACCCUGGAGAGCCGGGAGAGGGAUCAUCGGUCUCAGCAACCUUCAUUCUUUGUACGGAUGAGAACAACUGAGGCCCGAAGAGGGAGCAGACUUGCCCGAGAUCACAGCCCAAGUCCAGCAGGCAGGACUGGACGCUAGCCCCCAACACCAGCACCUGCUCCCACCCACCCAUCUUCAGUUCUUGCACAAGCACACCGGAACUGAGGCUCCAGCGUAGGGGGCGGGGCCGGGACGAGGCAAACAAGAGCCACUCCGUCCAGCUCAUCUCCUUCCUCCCUUGACUCAGCUGCUCUAGCCUCCCUGGAGCUGCAGGGGUCAAUUUAGGGGCCCCCAAGCCCUGCCUUAUUAAGUGCUGGUAGCAGAAACAUGAGGGCCUGGAGCCUUCUCCUCCUGGUGGCCCUCCUGGCUUUGGGGAGCCAGCUGCCUGCUGCUGCCUCGGCCAGGACGAAGGGAGAGAAAUUUGGGGGCUGCCCACCGGACGAUGGGCCCUGCCUCCUCUCGGUGCCGGACCACUGCUUGGAUGACAGCCAGUGUCCUGCAAGGAUGAAGUGCUGCUACAAAGCUUGCUUCCGCCAGUGUGUCCCUUUGAUCUCCGUAAAGCGGGGCAGCUGCCCCAAGGACCACCUGCACUGCCUCAGCCCCGUGCAGCACCUGUGCAACAGGGACUCAGACUGCAGGGGCUCCAAUCGGUGCUGCCUCGGCGCCUGUGGUCGAGACUGUCGCAACCCCGUCUAAGGCUAAUUCUGGUUUUGGAUCCUCAGCAUGGGGUCCCUAGCAGGAAUGGAUGAUGAUAGGGGGCCUGGGACCCUGCCACCCAGAUCCCGCUAUCUCUGCCAGUGGCAGUUUCAACCUUCUGAUGAACACUGAUCUGCUGUCACCUCCCUUGCCUCCCAUCCACCCCUGGUUUCUCCUCCUGGGAGUCAAGGUGCAUAGAUAGACUCCUAUCACCCUGCACCACCUCCCUAUCUCCUCUGGUGUUUCCCCACUUAAAAUGCCCAAUUCAGGUAGGCCCCUCUUUGUGGGGUCCAAACCCCUCCCUCAGGCAGCCCAGCCACCUUGAACGUAUGUUCUAGCGGAGUUUUCCAGACAUUAUCUAUUUGCAUACCCCUUUCCACCAUUUGUGACACACCUGCACAAUAGCAUCUCAGUAUCUUGCAUACUGCCUAUACUAUUUAUCUAAUGUCUUUCUUUAAAUGGACUCCCUUUUGUAUAUAAAUAAAUUUAUUUCAAAAGAAA